AUGAGAGCCAGGGCGUUAUCCCAACGGACCGCCAGAUCGAGAUCAUCAAGCCAAUCGGAUGAUCGCAUACUCCGACUGUCAAAGGAUGGUACUUUUCAAAUCGCCGUUUUCGAAGAUUUGCACUUUGCUGAAGAUGACGAUGACGAUGACAAGACAAAAGAGGUGAUGAAAUCGGUUCUGUCCGAAGAGGUUGUUCAACUCGUCGUUCUCAAUGGAGAUUUGAUAUCUGGUGAAGCUGUGCACAGCUCCAAUUCCAGCGACCAUCUUCACAAUUUGGUAUCGCCUUUGGUCGAAGUCGAGCAGCCGUGGGCGUCAACAUAUGGCAAUCAUGACAGUGAUGCCAAUUUGGAUCCGUACAAGGAUAUCUUCAAGCAUGAAACCCAAUACCCGACAUGCUUGACAAAGAGUGAUAUCUCGGGACCAGGAGCAGGAGUGACGAACUACUAUCUAAUGGUUUAUCCUUAUGAUGAGUCAAGUGGCCCGCCUGCGCUUUUGCUUUGGUUUUUCGACUCUCGUGGUGGUAAAAGUCUUUCCAACUGCGAUGCGAAUACCACUACGGGUGCACGGGGGGACUGGGUCGAUAAAUCGGUCACCCGGUGGUUUAUCGAGACCAAUUCUCAUUUGACGCGCCAUUUUGGACGCACGAUUCCGUCUCUCGCAUUUUAUCAUAUCCCGGUCCACGCCAUGCGCGCAUACCAAAAAGAAGGGGUGAACGAGAGCACAACGCCGGGAAUCAAUGGCGAAACUGUUGUCUCACAAGGUUCAGGGGACACUGAUUACGCCGGCCAGGACAGUCCAUUCAUGCAAUCCCUCCUCAAUACCACGGGACUGAUAGCCACGUUCAGUGGCCAUGAUCACGAUAAUGACUGGUGCUUUAAAUGGAACAACCAUAUCGAAGAUCAAAACUUAACCGGUAAUGGCCUCAACAUGUGCUAUGGACGCCAUACCGGAUACGGAGGCUAUGGAAAUGCAUCACGGGGUGCACGACAAAUACUGUUUAAUCAAGAAUCCUUAGACAAGGAGAUCUACACAUGGAUCCGGCUGGAAGAUGGAUCAGUCUCGGCUGCAGUUACGCUAAACUCGACCUAUGGCGAAGAUCACUAUAUGCCUGGACUGACAAUCCUCUUCGCUGCUACUUUUGCUGCUUUUGUGGUUGGCGAUAUUCUCGGUCGCGCACUGGAGACGUUCAUAAAGGCCCGCGGUCACGCGAUUUCACACUGGUGUACCAGAUCGAUAUUCAAAAUCGAAUAG